AUGGCGGCUAACUACUGGGUCUCGACCCAACGCAAGUUCUGGACAUUCACCCCUGAAAAGUUGCUCGAGAUCCGCGAUGAGCUGGAGAAACAGAACUUCAAAGUCAUUGAGCAAUGGCCCUAUCCUGACAGAAGACUGAUGUUCAUCUUCCUGAGAGACAAAAUCUUACAGCUGGGCAAGAGGCUGCAAUUCCGCCAGCAAUGCGUUGCCACUGCCAUGGUUUACAUGCAGCGCUAUUUCCUUACCAACCCGAUGCAACACGUCAACCUCUACCUGCUUGUCGCAACAGCUUUCUACCUUGCCUCUAAAACCGAGGAGUCACCCCAUCACAUCCGCCUUGUCGCGGCUGAAGCGCGCCAGGCGUGGCCCGAAUUCGUACCGGGCGAUGUAUCGAGGCUUGGGGAGAUGGAAUUCUGCCUCAUCUCAGAGAUGCGCUCACAACUAAUUGUCUGGCACCCCUACCGCUCCUUGAUCGCGUUAAAGGAGAAUCAAGAGCUCAAGUUGACCAAUGAUGAACUUGGCCUGGCUUGGUCCAUCAUCAACGACAGCUACAUGACCGAUCUACCACUGACGUGUCCUCCACAUCUUAUUGCCGUUAUUGCAAUGUUUCUUGCUGUGGUAUUUUGGCCCUCUGUCAAGGCUGCCGGCACGCUACGUCCUUUGCCCCACGAGGCCCUUUCAAACCCGGAGUCCAGCCACUUUUCGUCUCUUGGAGUCGGCGGUCGCCAGAGCCUGUCCACCCCUUUCAGUAACGUCCUGGGCAAUCUGCAGAUGUCCAACCAGAUAGCCGCUCAAAGCAGCAACAAUCUCAAUGGGAAAACACCGUCUCUCAGUCAGAACGACCCAGCUUUGCAGCAGUCGGCAGACAAAGAAAAGGCAGUAAGUUUCAGCAAAGAGAAUGAGAAGAUACAGAAUACCAUGAAAUUCUUGGUCGAGUCCGGCAUCAAUAUUGAACAAAUGAUUGAGGGCACCCAGGAAUUGAUCAGUUUGUACGAUAUUUGGGAGCAGUACAGUGAAAAAUCAGUCAAAGAUGCCGUUGCUCGAUGCAUGAAGACGCGUGGAUUGGAUAACUAG